GAAACAUCGAAAAAAAAUUUUUUUGCUCGAAUUUUGCUUUGCGUGCACCUUACAUCUAUUAGUAAAAGACAACAAUGUGAUGGCUAUCGAAAUUGUUUAUUCGGUGAAGAUGAAAUUUUAUGUGAUUUAAAAGACCCAAUCGAAUUGAUUGAAAAGAAAUACUUUAAUAUUGAACAUUUUUAUGAAUAUCCAACAGGAAGUGUUAGUAGGUUAAGUUCGAAACAACUACACCAAAAAAUAUCAACAACUGGAAAGCAAAUAAAAAAUCGAAUUAAUGAUGGAUUACGUUUAUCGUGGUAUUGUAAUAAUGGCAUAUUGAUUUAUCAUUCCGAUAAAGAACAAAAGUGUUUAUGUCCACCACAAUACUAUGGUGAACAAUGUCAAUAUCAAUCAAAACGUUUGUCAUUGACAAUUCGAACAACAAAACAAAGUGCUUUAGAAUCGGAUAUUGUUGCGAAACUAAUUAAUAAUGAAUAUUUUGUUCGUAUUGAUGCAUAUACCAUCCGAAUAUUAACGAGUAAAAUUGAUAUCGAACAAGCUGUUGUUUCAGAAACAAAUUCAGCAGUUUUACACCGAUGCCCUAUAAAAUGUGGCCAACAUGGUCAAUGUUAUCAAUAUUUAAAUUAUCCUAACAAAUAUUAUUGUCGAUGUGAACAAGGAUGGUCUGGUCGAUUAUGUCAAGUACAGUAUAAAUGUCAAUGCUCGUCAGAUUCACUUUGUCUAGGUACUAAUUACAAUAAUAAUCAAUCAAUAUGUAUAUGUUCAUUAAAUAAAGUUGGUCCAUUAUGUUAUAUUCCAAACAAUUGUAAAUCAGAUACAUGCCAAAAUGGUGGAACGUGUCUAACAAUAAAUACAAAAUAUAAACUGAAUCAGUAUAAAUGUUUAUGUAAACAUGAAUAUUAUGGUACAUAUUGUGACAAGAUUAAAUCUAAAAUUGAAAUAUCAUUUUCUAAUAUUCAUACUGAAAUACCAUCAUCAUUACUAAUACAUUUUAUUCAAUCAUAUGUUGAUAAACAACCAGAAAGGACAACAUUAUUUAAAAAAAUAACAAAUUUAUAUCAAAAUAAUUUUAUAAUUUAUCAUACAGUUCUAUAUCAUAUUGCCUAUGUAGAAUUUGAACAACAAUAUUAUUUGAUUGCAUUGAAUUAUGAACAUGAUUACAAGAAUAUUUCAACACAAGUGAUAUCAGACAAUCGUUGUCCAUCUGUUAAAGAAGUAUUUAACUCAACAGUAUUAUCAUAUGAUUGGCUCAAACGUGUUAAACAUUACCAUCAACCAUGCCACGUCAAUAAUAAAUUUAGUUGUUUUUAUGAUGAAAGACAAAUGUGUUUAUGUACAAAAAAUCAUCAAACUGAACGUUUUGAUUUUGACCAUGCUAUGAUAUACAACUGUCAAGGUUAUAACUAUUGUUUAGAUCAAGGAGAUUGUUUUCAAGACGCAGCAAUGUGUCCACAUGAAUCAAUGUGUAAUUGUAAACCAUGUUUUUAUGGUUCAUGA